AUGGAUUUGAAAACUCCCCCUUCAACCCUCCCGCACGACCGCACACCCUCCCCCCAGACCAUGUUCCGACCGCCUAUCAACCGCGCAAUGCGGGUACUUGACCGGUCAUUCUUCAAAAAGACCAUACCUCUCGCUGCUGCCACAGUAUUUGAACCGAGGAAUCUUGGCCGGAUCAAGAACGAAUUAGCGAAGAGCAAUGAUAUUCUGAACGCUCCGCGGUUACCGGCCAUUCGAUAUGUCCAGAACCCCACCACAGAGGAGGAAAAGAGCAAGAAGUGCAUCUUGCUGAAAGAGCAGAUACAAGCCAACGAUGCGACUACCUGGUCACCGACAAUACGGGAGUUGGUUGAAGCAAAGUCUGUGGAGCUGAAGCCAUAUGAUCUUCAACUUGAUUAUGACUACUGGCUCUAUCAUGACAUCCUUUCUUCAAUAUUGCCAGAGGAACAUCUCGAGGAGACACCAGCUGGCUUCAACCAAGUUGGUCAUGUCGCGCAUCUUAAUCUAAGAGAGCAAUAUCUCCCAUACAAGAAUUUAAUCGCCGAAGUUAUCCGGGAUAAAAACUCAACUGUCCGAACAGUAAUUAACAAGGUGGACGAUGUUGGCGCAAACAGCGAAUAUCGCACAUUCGCAUACGAGCACCUCGUUGGGGACAAAAAUAUGAAUGUCAUCCAGCAUGAGCAAGGUUGCGAGUUCGCAUUUGACUACUCCAAAGUAUAUUGGAAUUCGCGCCUGGGAAAUGAACAUACAUAUCUCGUUGGCCGGUUUAAGGAAGGAGAAGCAGUAUGUGAUGUGAUGGCUGGCGUUGGACCGUUUGCCCUACCGGCGGGUAAGAAGAGGGUAUUCGUGUAUGCAAACGACCUUAACCCUCACGGCUACGAGAAACUGAAAGAAGGCACCGCUCGGAACAAAGUCAGAGAAUUUGUCCAGCCUUUCAACAUGGACGGAAGAGAGUUUAUAAGACACGCUUCCCAGGAGCUGUGCGUCAACGGGCCCCGUCCUGUGAAGAUAUUCCCCAAAAUGAAACGCACCGAAGCAACCGAGAAGAAAAGCGUUCCUCCACAAAUAUAUGAAUGUCCGCCUACCUUUGACCAUUAUGUGAUGAACCUUCCGGCUUCCGCAAUUGAAUUCUUAGACGCCUUUGUCGGUGUCUAUGCUGGAAAGGAAUCACUAUUUGAGCCACACACCGAGCGUAAACGACCGCUUGUCCAUGUUUACUGCUUUUCGACCAACUCUGAUGACAAUGCCGUUGAGUAUGCGGAUAUCUGCAACCGCAUUUCGGAAAGGAUACAAUACAAGAUUACCCCUGAUGAUAUGAUUGGUGGUACAGGCAACCAAAACCUCGAGCUUGAGAUUCGUGAUAUCAGGCUUGUCUCGCCGAACAAGAGGAUGUUCUGUGCUUCCUUCAGGCUUCCAGCAGAAGUUAUCUUCAAGUCCUAA